AUGAGUAACUCCUGGAUAAGAGGUCCCAGAUGUGGUGUGGACAAUUGUCGCUCAAAAUUCUAUAGGUCAGUGGAUGGGAGACGGAUCUGUCAAUUUGGUCAUGUUAAUGAAGGUCAUAUAGAAUUCAAUGAUGACGAUGAUGAUAAUUUUAUUGUUACUAGAAGAUUGAAUAUUCCAACUGUGACUACUGGGUUAUCACAAGCUUCACAGAUUACACCAGGCUUGCAAAAAGAUGAAGCUAAAAGGAAACUGUAUGGUGCUGCUGGUAGAGAACUAUACUACAAAUGUUUCCAGUGUGUGUUGAAAUCCCAGAUCAAAUCGUUGAUUAAUGACCAUGGAUUACCUGAAAUAUUGGAGGUUGUUGUUAAAAGAUAUUAUGUUCAGUACAUUUCAAUGCUGAAUGAUAUAGAUACUGUUGAAAAGAGCAAUGGUAAGCUGGAUGAUGAUGAUGAUGAAGAAGAAGAAGAACAUGGAGAAUAUAGAGAUAGUGAAGGUUUCACCACACAAGACACUUCAUUUACUAAUGAUACAUCAAACGAAGAUCAUGAAUUCGGCUUCACUAAACUCCCUACACAUAUUGAUAGUUUAGCCCUAUGUUAUCUGGGGUGUCGCUAUUUAAAUUUACCCAUAUUUAUCAAUGAUUUUGUUCAAUGGACAACAACAAAUAGAAUUCCAUAUAUGAGAGCAAGUUUCAAUGUCCCAAAAGUCCUGAGAGAUAAGCUAUCCAUGGGUAAAGUACGAUCAUUUGAACCCAAAAGGCCACCAUUGAAAGGUGAUUUAUGCUUUGCGAUUUCCAAAGUUGCCACAUCUUUGAAUUUAAACCAUUUGGAAUUGAAUUAUGAACCAUUAUUGUUCAAGGCUAUUAAAGAGUUGAUAUUAUCACCACAGAUUUAUUUUGCAACUAAGAAAUUCUUAAAGUUGAAACUAAUCAAAUUGGAUAUAAAACCGUUCAAAGGUACUAAAACUGCACAAUCCUAUAUUAAUGAAUUCCCAGAGAUUAAACUAAUCAGUAUAAUCAUCUCCAUUACAAAACUUUACUUCAUAAAUGGUUCGGUUAACGAAAAUCAACCCACAUAUGAUUGGAAAAAGUGGAAAGAAUUAUUAGGAAACUUGGAUUUGGACCAAGAUGAUGAUAACAAGAAUUUCCAUAAUGUUUUAACACAAUUACUAUUAUCCAAGAAUUCAAGUCUGGAAGUUAUCGAUUGGGAUGAAGAAAAGACAAAUAAAUACUUGGAUUGGUUUACUCACAAGAUUGUGAAUACCCAAGCUACUGAAGAAGGCCCCGCUGCAAUGAAAAGAUUGUUUGAUAUCUUCAAAUUACCAGAGGAUGAUUCUCAAGAAGAGAACCUACAGCAACAACCAGUACAACAACCGCAAAGCUCUGAAUUCACUGGGAAGGAUGUCAAGAGUAUAGAGAGUGCCUAUACACAAUUGAUAGAAUCAGGUUCCAAUAAAGAAAAGCUCAGUGAUGAAGAAGUUAUGGAAUUGGAGAAAUUCAUGAUUGAGAACUUGAUUUCGAAUUUCGGUGUCACCACAAGUCAGCUUACUCAUGCUGUUCGUCAUGUGGAGCAAAAGUUUUUUUUCAAUUGA